CUGGCCCUCGGCGGCGGCGGCGCCAUGGUAGGUGGCGAGGCGGUCGUCACGGUGGAGCAGCUGGUUUCGGGGGUGCGGCAGGCGGCCGACUUCGCGGAGCAGUUCCGCUCCUACUCGGAAAGCGAGAAGCAGUGGAAGGCCCGCAUGGAAUUCAUUCUGCGCCACCUGCCCGACUACCGCGACCCGCCGGACGGCGGCGGUCGCCUGGACCAGCUGCUGUCCCUCUCCAUGGUCUGGGCCAACCACCUCUUCCUGGGCUGCAGCUACAAUAAAGACCUUUUAGACAAGGUGAUGGAAAUGGCUGACGGGAUUGAAGUGGAAGACCUGCCCCAGUUUACUACCAGAAGUGAAUUAAUGAAAAAGUCUUGGCAAGCUCUGAAGUAAUGGAGCUGGCGCUCCCUUGGUGGAAGCAGCCAUGAUUCUGAGGUGGCAAAUACUGCAUGAAACCUAAGGCAGAAGAUUUAUCACAUUUUCAUCAUCAGCUACAGGCUUAGGAGGAUGGGAUGUAUGUGACACUGUCCACAGCAACUCUUAAGACUCCUGUUAUUACCAGCAUAAAGAGGCAGUUGGAAUGAAAAGGAAUUUAUUCAGAUGGGCUUUUUAAAAGUUCUCAUUCUUCCAGUAGCUAUCACUGUAAAAACGUGCAUGAUAUUUAUGUAUUUAUAAAUCAUGUACUCUCAGAUGAGUUCAUCAGCAUUAUAAAAGCCCUCUUUUCUUUUUAAAUGUCAAACUUUUUGUUUAAAAUGACUUUUUUUUUUUAAGGUUGA